AUGCUGGCCCAGUGCUGCUGCGCCGCGGCGCGCAGGGGGACGAUGACGGACAGAAGAUGUCGUCCCGGGCUUCUUCUGACACUCUUUAUGGCCACGUUGGCGCUGAUAUCGAUGUGCGCGGCCGCGCCGGACGCGUUGGCCCGCCGGGAACAGAGGCACUCGGGCACGCGCCCGCUCGACCUCUUCGUGAGACUCACGUCGCAGCUGCGGUUCGCCAUCAACCCACAUAUCGGCCGGACGUACUUCAUGCAGCGCAACGUCCAGGCGUGUGCGGAUGCAGUAGCUGCGCAAUCGGAUGUGGCGGCCUUCUACGGCCUGGACGCGCGGAAGACCUUCUGCCACACGGACACGCUGCCCGGGAGCGAGGAGGAGCCGCUGACCGUGUGCUACUACGACUACACCGAGGGCUCCACCUACGGCGAAACCCUCCGCGCACAGGUGAACGGCAUGGAGUUGGCGUUGUCGCUGCUGCUCACGUCCGGGGCGCUGCAGGCGCUGGACGACGACGGCCUGGCGCCGGCGAUCAUGUUCGACAUCGACAACACGCUGCAGUUCACCGCGCAGAACGACACGGACUGGUUCGGCCUGGCGCCCGCCAUCCGGGAGACGGCGGCCUUCGCGCAGCGCAACUGCGCCGGCCUGGGUCCGUCGGGGUACGGGCCGCACGCGGGCCAGUUCACGUGCUACUUCAUCACGGCGCGCGGGUGCUCGAAGAGCAAGGCGUUCGCCACGCGCAGGUUCGUGCGCGCGGCCUUCCCGUACGCCUCGGACGACUGGAUCGACGGCCACGUGCUGCUGUCGGGCGGCCUGACGGGGUGCGGGAGUUGGUCGACGGCGUACAAGGACGUGCUGCGCGCGUGGCUCGAGGACAACCGCGGCGUGCGCUUCGUCAUGUCCGUGGGGGACUCCCAGAGCGACUUCUACGGCGCGCACUCCGGCAUGAAGGUCCACCUGGUCAACAGCUUCGCCGCCACGAACAAGGUGCCCGAGUGGCCCUCGUCCGACCUCCCGUGGAAGCAGCAGUACCGGCGCCGCGACUGGGGCGAGAAGUGCGACCCGCACAUCGCGGCGCCGCGCAUCGCCGACGACGCCUGCUACGAUGCCGCGCUGGCCAGCGACGACGUGUUCGAGGCCGCGCGGCUCGCGCACUGCAGCGAGUGUGAGGAGCCAGAGGAGCUGCCGUGGGGCCGCGGGGGCUGCAAGCUGGACAUAUCGGCGCUGGCGGGGCGCGGCGGACGCUCGUCGCGGCGGUCGCGCGGCGCGGCUGCGCGGGCGGAGGACGUCGGGGCGCGUGUGGUCGGGGAUGGCAGGGCGGCGCUGGACCUGUAUUGGGCGCUGGUCUCGCACACGCGCUACGUGCUGGAGCCGCACAUCGGGCGGUCGCACAUCAUGGCGCUGAACGUGCAGCAGUGCCGCGACGCGAUCGCGGAGAAGUCAGGCGCGCCCGCUCGCGACGCCAACGCAGUCUGUCGCGUGCCGCAGCUCACACGCGCGCCCGCGCGCGACCGCUGA